AUGGCCUCCGGUCCCAAUACCCCGGGGACGGUGCAGAGUCCCGCCGGCCCAGGUCUCGGACUCGGCCCCGAUGAUGAUUUGGUGUCGCUUAAGCGCGACUCCGACGCGGUCGACCCAAGUUCUCCAGCUGCUGGCGAUGAUAGUGCCAAGAGGAGAAAGAAGGUCGGGCCUGGAAGUCGAGGUGUUGCCAAUUUGACGCCUGAGCAGUUGGCUAAGAAGAGAGCCAAUGACCGUGAAGCCCAGCGAGCCAUUCGCGAGCGUACUAAGAACCAGAUUGAGACUCUUGAGCGACGUAUCCAGGAUCUCACCAACCAGCAGCCAUAUCAGGAGCUACAGAGUGUCCUUCGUGCCAAGGAAGCUGUUGAGCAAGAGAAUGCCGACAUAAAACGUCGUUUAGCUGGCAUAGUUGCUAUGCUUCAGCCAAUUAUCGGCCAGGGCAAGUCUGGUAUUGAACAGGCAUAUGUAUCACCUGCGCAGACAUAUGCACCUCCAGUCCAGCACCCUGCUACUUUGGUCAUUCACAACCACCACCACAACAACAACGCAAAUGCCGCGUCAACGCCUGGCAGUGCGGCGUCACCUCCAAGCCAUGAGCCUCCACCCAGCCAAGCUCCGUGGCAUCAUCACCAACAACAACAGCCGCCGCCUCACCACCAUUCCACCCAUCCAUCUGCUGACCCCUCUACCAAUCCCGAAGCUCAAGCUGUGACUCAAUUAACCCAACAGCGUCGUAAUCUCCAGCAUGGGCUUGAUAUGGGCCCCGAGCGUCUCGGGCUGGAUUUCCUUCUCGAGCCAUCUCAGCGGGUGAACCGUAUACAGAAUGGAGUCAAUGGUGCUCAAGAUACACCCCAGUUCCACCAUAUGCCUAUGAAGCAUGAUUGGACAGGGGUGAAUCAAGAGCGCGCGUUGCAUAGUCGCUCGGCAAGUUGGGGAUCACAGGGAAAGCCAAGCCAGUCUGGACAGGAUCAACAACAUCAAAGCCAACAUCCUCGCCACUCACUAUCGGCUGGCCACACGCCUGAGAGCGCGCACAGUCCCAGUUAUAGUCCCGCCUUGAGCACAGCUGGCGGGCCUGUUCCCCGUAGUGAUCCUAACGCUAUCGAUCCUACACCUCCCAUCAAGAACUGUCAGCCCACUUGCCCUCUCGACUCUUUGCUGCUCGACUUUCUGAGUGAGCGUCGUCAACGUGCCGCCGAUGGCCUUCCUGCCCAGGACGUAGUUGGUCCUCGCUAUCCUUCUGUGUCGUCACUCCUCAACCCUGCCAACAGUGCAUACAGCCACCCCCUUUCCAAAGUCUUCACCGAUAUUCUAGCCACCUUUCCCGACAUCUCAACCCUCCCUGAACGUGUGGCCGUCCUCUACAUCAUGUUUCUCGUCAUGCGUUGGGAAAUUGAGCCCACUAAGGAAAACUAUGAUCGCCUCCCCGAAUGGAUGACGCCGUGUCCCUCGCAGACCAGUAUUCCGCACGCUGCUUGGAUUGACCAUGUCCCCUUCCCCAAAAUGCGUGAUCGCCUUAUCCGCGAUCACAACCCUAGUAUCUUACCUUUUGAUAACUUCUUUGUACCCUUUACCACAACACUUUCACUGUCCUGGCCGUACGAAGAGACAGAUACGCUGCUCCAGAAUCCGGACAGCGACGAGCUCAUGAUUAAUCCCGUAUUUGAACGCCAUUUACGGAAGUUGGAUAACUGGAAGCUGGGGGAUGCUUUUGCCAAGGCGUUUCCUACUCUGGAGGGCACAUUCAACCUUGGCCAAUCUCCUUCUCCGCGGCCAUCCUCGUCUAGCAGUCGAUGA